CAAUUCACAACCCUUAGUUUGCCCCCACGAAAUUCUCUUCUUCCCCACAAUUCUCUCUCUUCCUACGACCAAAUUCAUCAAAAAACAAACUCUCUCCCCCUCUCUCUCUCUCUCCUCCUCCUCCUCCUCUUCCUCCUCCAUACUCCCAUCUCUCUCUUCUCUCCCGUUCCGCAGAGCUCCUACCCCUAAUCACAAGAAGCCACCAUGGCAAACGCGGCAUCUGGGAUGGCGGUGGACGACGAGUGUAAGCUGAAGUUUUCGGAACUGAAAACGAAGAGGAACUACCGUUACAUAAUCUUCAAAAUCGAGGCUCAAAAAGUGGUGGUGGAGAAUGUCGGGAGCCCUGAAGAAAGCUAUGAGGAUUUCAGCGCCGCACUCCCUGCAGAUGAGUGUCGUUAUUCUGUCUUUGAUUUCGAUUUCACCACCGAGGAAAAUUGCCAGAAGAGCAAGAUUUUCUUCAUUGCUUGGUCACCUGAGACAGCAAGGGUUAGGAUGAAGAUGGUGUAUGCCAGCUCCAAGGAUAGAUUCAAGAGGGAACUGGAUGGGAUACAAGUUGAGUUGCAAGCAACGGAUCCGAGUGAAAUGAGCUUUGACAUUAUAAAAAGCCGAGCGCUCUGAACAUCGAUCGCCUUCUCUUCCUCGGUUUACAUGCUUAAUUUACAUCUUAAGUUAAUUCAUUGUGUGUGUGUGUUUUUUUUUUAUGACGUUUGCGGGGUUGGUAAUUCCUUGGUCAAAAUGCUAGUGAACAAAUAGGGUACUGUACUAUUCUUUGUGUUUUUUUUGCUUUUCAUAUUUCUCGUGUCAAAUUGUGUUUUUCCUUGGAUCCGAUUCAUCAUGUGAGAAGAAGAUGAAGGAAAACAAAACCGGUAUAGAGAUUAUUAUAGUAAAGGGAAAGGAAAUUUUGAUUUC